AUGGGGUGGCGCCCCGGGCUGGCCCUGUCGCGCCGUGAUGACGGCAUCUCCCUCUUUUUUUCCGGAAGCGGAAGGCGGUUGGGAUGGGGAAGGCGCCGCUGGGGCGAGAAGUCCGGGGCUGGCGCCCGUGAUUGUGGGGCGGGGAUGGCAGGUGCCCGGGGCGGCCCCUCCCUCCUCCAGGGUGGCGGGGCUUGGGAGCGGGCCUUGGCCGAGCUGCUGCUGGAGUUUUCGAGGGCGCAGUACCGAGCCCGGGAUGGUGGUGCGGGAAGCGGUGGCGGCCCCGCAGGAGGAGGGGGAGUUGGCGGAGGAGGAGCUGGGAGCAACGCAAAGGUGGAGCAUAUUGAAAAAUGCUGCCUUGAGUUAUUCAGCAAGGACUACUGCUACAGCCUGAUCUCCAAUGUAAAUGGUGAAAUUUGCAGCCACUACCCCCGGCAGAUCAUCUUCUUGGAAUAUGAGAGCACUGAUCGAGAGAGGCACACGUAUGAGAGCACUAUCCAAGUUGGCAAGCUGCAAGACCUCAUCCAUCGCAGUAAAAUGGCGAGAUGCAGAGGGAGGUUCGUCUGUCCUAUCAUCCUCUACAAGGGAAAGCACAUAUGCCGCUCAGCCACCUUGGCUGGAUGGGGAGAGCUGUAUGGGCGUACAGGAUACAACUACAUUUUCUCAGGGGGCUCAGAUGAUGCCUGGGCGGAUACCGAGGACCUGUCAGAAGAGGAUUCGGCCUUCAGGAACGCAGACUCACAGCUGUUCGACAAGGUCCGGGGCCACGACAUCAAGCUGUUGCGAUACCUGUCAGUCAAGUACAUCUGUGAUUUGAUGGUGGAGAACAAGAAAGUGAAGUUUGGCCUGAAUGUGACGUCUUCCGAGAAGGUGGAUAAAGCUCAACGCUAUGCAGACUUCACCCUCCUCUCUGCCCCAUACCCAGGCUGUGAAUUUUUCAAGGAGUACAAAGACCGGGAUUACACAGCAGAAGGGCUGGUUUUCAACUGGAAGCAGGAUUUCGUCGACGCUCCACUCAGCAUCCCUGCCUCUCUUACACAGUCAUUGAACAUUGACUGGAGUGAGUAUCAGAGUUGGGACCUGGUGCAGCAGACACAGAACUACCUGAAGCUCCUGAUCUCCAUUAUCAACAGGGACGAUGAUGGUGGGCUCCUGGUACACUGUAUAUCCGGCUGGGAUAGAACACCUCUCUUCAUUUCCCUCCUGCGCCUUUCCCUGUGGGCUGAUGGGCUGAUCCAUGCAUCCCUGGAGCCUGCAGAGAUUCUUUACCUGACCGUGGCCUAUGAUUGGUUCCUCUUCGGGCAUAUGCUGGUGGAUCGGCUCAGCAAAGGAGAGGAGAUUUUCUUUUUCUGCUUCGAUUUUUUGAAGCACAUCACCUCUGAGGAGUUCUCCGCUGCCAAGCCGCUGAGAAGGAAGAGCCUGCCCCCCGGAUUUACAUUGGAAGAGAUCUGCAUGCUAAAGCAGAGGGACCGGGGCAGCACCACCAGCCUGAGCAGCGACUUCUCUCUGGUGAUGGAGAGCUCCCCUGGGGCCGCGGGGAGCUUCACCUAUGAAGCCGUGGAGCUGAUGCCGGCAGGCUCACAGACUCAAGCUGCUUGGAGGAAAAACUGUGCGUCCUCUCCCCAGACGGUGCUAUGGAGUCGGUCUCAACAGCCUGAGGAUAAAACGCCGCUCCAGAGCGUGCUGGAAGGGAGGUCCUCCAGCUCUUCCUCUUCCAACCACUCGGAGAACUUCUCCAGGCUGGGCAGCAGUCCGUUGGAAGUCCCCAAAGCCAGGUGA